GAGUAAAAAUAAUAUCCUUUCAAAUGAAAACUUCCGUUUUUCUUUACAUGUGCUAUGCUGUUGGAUAUUUGAAAAACUUUAAGAGUCUUAUGUUUGCAGUUAUUUCAAAUUCAGUAAUCAAUUUUUUUUGAUUUUAAGGGAUGAUUAAUGUUGUAAAAGUGAAUAAAUAUUAUAAACUAUUGUACUUUUUUAGUGUAAAAAAACUAUGUUUACUUAAUGUAAUAAUCAAUCUGUUAAUAAAUAUUAUCCCUUCAGUAGACGGUUUUAAGGAUACAUACAUCAAAGAGGAUAUUUAUUUCGAAAUAAUUGAACCAGACACACUGCAUUAUACCUAUAAAGUCAGACCUGCUCAUGAAUUUGGAACUCCUUUUAAUGGCAGUUUUCACAGCAUUGGUCUUGUUUUGACGGAACCUGCUAGUGGGUGUAACAUACCUAUGAAUAAAUUAGAACUACACAAUAAUAUUGCAUUGAUGGAUCGUGGGAGCUGUUCAUUUUUAAGCAAAUGCAUUAAUGCUGAAAAAGUUGGAGUGGUAGCAGUUAUAAUUGCUGAUAAUGACAUUUCCAAUGAUGAUCAGUAUAUUGAUAUGGUUACUGAUACUACAGAUAGAAAUUGUUCAGUUCCAGCCAUGUUCCUUUUAGGAAAAGAUGGUUAUAUGAUCAAAAGAAGUUUAAGAACUCUCAACUUAACUAGAGCUAUUAUCAAUAUUCCCAUAAAUAUGACUUAUGUUUUUCCACAUGAUCAGAAGCAACCACCAUGGGUUUUAUGGUGACAUGCUUUUAUUUUCAACUAUAGUUUAAUGUUUUUGUUAAAUAAAAGUUGUAAAUAAUA